CAGACUUGCACGCUGCCACAACUAAGACAAGAGCGUGCAAAAUCCUCUCGAACCCUCCACAUCCCGCUCACCGGGUCUUCCAGCUCCUUCCCUCAGGUGAUCUAACGCCGCCAGUCUCCAGCAGGUGUCCAACAUGGCGAGCACGGCAAGCGGAUCUCUCGUUCUCCCCCUCUCACUUGUCGUGAUUUCACUGGCCUUCCUCCUCAAAGGGGCUGCUGAAACCAUCACAGUGGAAGGUCAGAACCUGGUGACAGACAACGUGUCAGUAGUGGAGGGUGAGAUGGCCACCAUCAGCUGUCGGGUGAAGAACAACGACGACUCGGUCAUCCAGCUCCUCAACCCCAACAGACAGACCAUCUACUUCAAGGAUGUCAGACCCCUGAAGGACAUCCGGUUCCAGCUGGUGAAUUUCUCUGACAACGAACUGCGUGUGUCUUUGUCCAAUGUGUCACUCUCCGACGAGGGACGCUAUGUGUGCCAGCUCUACACUGACCCCCCUCAGGAGGCCUACGCGGACAUCACCGUCUUGGUGGCGCCGGGAAGCCCAAUCAUCGAGAGUCGCGAGGAUGUGGUCAGCGAGGGCAACGAGACGGAGCUCACCUGCACGGCCGCCGGCAGCAAGCCAGCAGCCUCCAUCAGAUGGAUGAAAGGAGAUGAGGAAAUGACAGGAGAAACGACGGUGGAGGAGAUGUAUGACCAGAUGUUUACCGUCACCAGCCGCGUGCGAUUCUUAGUCAGCAAAGAGGACGAUGGCAUGCCGGUGGACUGUGUUGUCGACCACCCGGCCGCGAACGACCUGCUGGCUCAAAGGAACCUGGAAGUGCAAUAUAAACCUGAAGUGAAGAUUGUGGUGACAUAUCCCGAAGGAUUAACUCGAGAGGGCGACAAUCUUGAUCUGACAUGCAUUGCGGGAGGAAAACCACGUCCUCAUCAGAUCAACUGGCUGAGAGUGGAGGAGGACGUGCCGCCUCACGCCGUGGUCACCGGCUCGGACCUCUAUAUCGAGAACCUGAACAAGUCCUUCAAUGGCACGUAUCGCUGCAUGGCCUUCAAUGUGGUGGGCGAGGCCUACGACGACUACAUCCUCUAUGUGUACGAUGCUCCCACUACUAUUCCCACUCCCACCACCAACCCAGUCAACACGCAAGACUCGCGAGCAGGCGAGGGUGCGCCACCCAAACUUGACCACGCUGUCAUCGGAGGGGUUGUUGCCGUGGUGAUGUUCGCCAUCCUUUGUGCGCUCAUUGUUCUCGGUCGAUAUUUUGCCCGACACAAAGGCACCUACUUCACACACGAAGCCAAAGGGGCGGACGAUGCCGCCGACGCCGACACGGCCAUCAUCAACGCCGAGGGCGGACACAACAACACAGACGAGAAGAAGGAGUAUUACAUCUAAAGUGCGGAAAGAAGUGUGGUGGUGCUAUGGCAGCAUUGUGUCUAACUCUGAUUGUUUUGUGGGGGGGAGGGAGAGAUUGAUUUCAGCAGGAAGUGAAAGUAGGACUGGGGUGGCCUUGUGUUGAGAAGAGGCCGAGUCUCCUGUCUAAAAACCUUCUUGGACUGCUGGGGCCUAAACUUCUGUACACUUACUUUCUUUUACAGACUAUUUUGUGCCUUUUUCUCUUUCUGUUUGUUUUCUUCACCGUCCCUCCCACUCUUGUGCUUGUUGGUUUAGGUGUUUGGCUGUGGAUUCAAAGGUGAAAGUGGCCUGUUGUGUGUGUCUGUGUGUGUGUGUGUGUGUGUGUGUGUGUGCGUGCGCGCGUGUGUGUGUUUGUUACCUUUUAGCUUGAAUGUCGCUGAGCACAAAGAGGAAGCUCAUCUCCCUUUUUUGUCUGUAGUAAUCUUAAAGGAGACAUAUUAUUCUAUUGUUACCGAGUUUAAAAUAGUUUGUGGAUGUAUUAAUAUCAUAUCUGUAACUUGUUUUGGUCCAAAUUCCCCAAAAUUAAUUAAACACUUAUCAUCCUUUCUAAACAGCCCUGUUGAAAUGAGUUUUUGGGGGGGCUGUUCUGUCAGCAUUCAACUGAGCCACUGCUCCGCUCCCAUCUAUCGUGUGGCGAGCCGAUUUGAGUAGAGAUUGGCAUUAGCAUAAGGACCAGGGGCAAAUGCCCCAAAUCAAAGGCGCAAGUCCGUCUGAGGGCCCAUAAAGACAGUCAAAACUGGUAUUAUAAUUUACAUCGGUGGAGGCUGCAGCACUUGAUCGCCAAACUGCCCGUUUGCACUUGUCAAUUAGUGUGCAGCUCCAUGAGUGUGGCGCAUGCAGCAGACACAUCGCCAAACACUGUGACGUCAUAGUUGGGCCAAAAUCAAAGUGGCUUGCUUUCAGACACAUUUUCUGCAGGCAGUCCGGAGACCGCAAGCAAUUGAAAAUUGCAUCCCGUAAUAUGUCCCCUUUAAGAGUCGUACGCCAUGUGUCAACACAUGUAAAUGUACUGUGUCAAAGUUCAGCUAUCAUGGCAAUUUCAUCUCACAAACAUGUACAUUUGAUGCUGUUGGUUUUAUACAUGGAUGUCAGAAAAAAACGAAGCAAAAGCCUAAUAAAAUAGCCACUUUAUUGGGAACACCUAAUCAAAGAUGGAUUAAGAUGGUCGUGGACUCCCAAAAUGUCAACUUGCCCUAACCCCUUUUUUUUUUUUUUUUUUUUUUUUUGGAACAUGUUUGUGAGCCGUUGCGGUUGAAGUUUUUCCAACAACUUUUUAUUUCCAUAUAAUUUGGGGGUUUAUGGCCAUAUGUGAGCCCAGAAGCUUGAAUGACCAGCAACAGAUCAGCUGGUUGUUGACGCGACAAUUUUACAAAGACAAUAUCGUUAAAACAAUAAAGUGGUAAUUUUUGUGGGAAAAGUCAAUUUUAUGUGAAUAAAAGUCACAUUUUUAGAGCAAUAUAGAGAAAAUCUUAAAAGGAAAAGUCACAACUUUCAGGGGGGGAAAAAGGCAAAUGAUUAAUUAUUAUUAAUAAAGUGGUAAUUUUACACGGAGAAAUGAUUAAUUUUCUGAAAAUUAUUAUGAUAAUAAAGUGAUACUUUAUUAUGACAAAAGUCUUAAUUUUAUGAGGAUAGAAGGAAAAUAAUUAGGGUAACAAGGGAAAUCAGUUAUUUUUAAUGAGAAUAAAGUCAAAAUUAUUAUGGCAAUAAAUUGGAAUUGUAUGAGGAGAAGGUGGUUAAUAUGAGAGAAUAAAGACAAAUUAUUAUUAUUAAUAUGAGUAUAAGUGGCUAUUUCUAUGAUAAUAAAGUCAAAUUGAUUGCAAUAAGAAGAAAAACAAUUUUGUGAAUCAGGUCAAAAAAAAUGUAUCCGAAAAAAUUAUUUAACGAGAUGUAUAUUCUUAAGCUCUAAGAAUUUGUGUGAAUGUGUUUUUAACACAUGCUUGUGUAUAUUAGCCAAUUAUAUGAGCGACCUCUAAAUAAGUUUGUUUCAGAUGCAGUACAUUUGUUGUUGUGGGAAUGUUUCUGUUCACCGGUUAAAUGACAACUAUUGUUGUCGUUUUUUUAUUCUGAAAUGAAAAUACAGGCCAUUCCGAAGGCACGGUGCGGUGUGCCUGAUAAAGUGGCUGCUUUAAGUCAAAAGUCGCCUGUCUGUGUCAGCAUAGAUUCCAAGAGAGAAGUUAUCUUUAGCGUUUAGCAUUGGUGUUAAGUGCAGUCUAAUUAUAGCUCACGUCAAGUUCAUUCUUGAGUUGAUUUCAGCUAUGUUGGAUGUUUUUGGAGUCAAUGUUGAUGCUAACAAAACAAAAAAACAACAACAACAACAAAAUUCUAAUCUUUCAUAGCUGAUCUUUAUCCGUCCUUUGUUCGGUUCUUUUUUUUUAAGCAAGUAGUCACAAACUCGAAUACUGCUCAGCCUUGUGAAAACACGCAGUCCUUACUCGUGUAUUUCCGUUGAUCUUGCUUACGUUAGCCUCGCUUUAUUUGGCACAAAGACUGGCUCGUUCAAGAAAGCAUGAAGUUGUUGUUUAGCUCAAAAGCUCACAUUCAUUCAUUCAUGCAUCUUCCGUUCCGCUCAUCAUCCCCAGUUGGGUCGCGGGCGUGCUGGCGCCUAUGCCGGCUGUCUGCGGUCGAGAGGCGGGGUACACCCCGAACUGGUCGGCAGCCAAUCGCAGCAAAUGUGAGCAAAGUUACCAUUCAAAAAAACAUCGUAAUGUUUAUUAUGGUCAAAAGUAACCAUUUUAAACCGCUGUGUUUGUGCAAAAUAGGGUCAUGCUCAUGGGAUACAAGCAGUAUUCUUUUCUUGAAAGCUCCUCCACAUUUCAUUUACCCAAGAGAUCGGAAAUAUUGUUGUUAAAAAUGUCCUUAUCUUUUAGCAUAACGAUUUGAGCCACAAGAGAGCUCGCAUUACGAGAAGAUAGAAUGACACUCAAGUUUAGCUCAACCAUUUGAACAAAUGGCAUGAAAAUGACUCCUUCCUGAGCAGAGGAUUAACAUCUUCACAAUUUGCUGUGCUUUAACGUUAUUGCUGUUCUUCAUUUGUACAUUUAUUUCGGUAAAGUGGCAAGUGAUCAUUUCAAACUCCUGUUUCCUGUUUUGUACUAAACUAAGUUAACCAAAUAGCUUCCAAUGUGACACAAGCUGUAUGUUCUUCUCAUAUAAAUCUGAAUUUAUUAUUUUUUGUCCUGUAAAAUCUUGAAUAAGUUUAUCAACUAUGUUAUUUUUGAUUUUAGUUUUUAUCCUCGAUACAAAUGGACAAAAAGCAGGAAAUGUGGUUAAUGAAUACGUUUAGGGUCAGAGUUGACGAGAAUGUACCCAGUGGCAGUCGAUUAUUAAAAACAAUACUGAUAAUAAUCCCAUGAAAAUAUAUUAAAAGAUGAAACUGAUCCCCUUCAGUGGACCCCGCACUCGCUUUGCUCCACUACAGGGAUCGCGUCGUUUCCCAUAGCUCAGUAUAUGCUUUUUAUUACCGGCAAAUAUUUUCCGCUGUAAAAUUACGGGGCGCAAAGGGUCUUCUGUCUAGUUCUUGACUUUCCCUCAUCCAUAAAGCUGCCAAAAGACGUCUCUUGAAGUGUCACCUUUAGGGCGUCUUUGAUUGGUCUUGAAUGGUUGACUGUGCCAUCAAGUUGUCACUUUUUUUCCUCACUUGUUGCCUAACAGCCUGAAGUCUUUUUUUGUUUUGUUUGUUUCUUAUCGAGCAACAGAAACCCCAUCACGAACACAGCCACACCUAAUUAUGUCAUGAUAAAACAUAUAUUCCGCAUACAGGAUAACCACUGCCUUAAAGCCACCUCUGAUCACUAUAGUGAGGAAAAGAGUGUAGGACUUACCCGUAUAAAGGUACGACUUUAUUUUUGUAACAUUCCGACUUGUUUCUCGAAUAAAUGAAGCUUGACAUGUAACAUUACAACUUGAUUCUGGUACCUAACUAUUCUAGUGAGAAUCCACGUUUUUUUUCCCUCAAACAUAUACGACUUGUUCCACAACAUUACUCCUGUAUUGUCUUGAAAUUACGACUUUAUUCUCAGAUGAUUUUGACUUUUCUUGGGGGGGAACAUUAUUCUCAUGAAAUUUGAAUUUAAUCCUCAUGAAUGGCUUGUUUUCCAUAUAUUUUGUGUGAUUUUAUCAGUGAAGUGGCCCCCUAUGAGGAAAAAGGUUCCCCACCCCUGCAUUAAAGUGGUAUCUUGUAUAUUUGUAUCCUCUUUCUAGCUGGCUCGACACGAUGUUCGUCCACGUUGUCGCUUACUGACGCAACCGUUUAGGACUCUGGCGUUCAUGUUGUACAAAAGCUUAGAUGAUCCCAGAUGUUGUAUUUAUUAUGUAUUAUUAAAUUUGGUGAUAACAAAUGUUCA